AAUAUGGAAGGGGCGGCCCACCUUUGACAUGGGCCUCAGAAGAGGUCGGUGAAAGAGCCCAGGAGGUGCAGGCUUCUCACUUCUCACUUUCUCACAUCACUCUGAAUGUGAAUUGGAUGCACUUGCGCUUGACUGAUCGCGACUGUGGUGGCUGGACCACCUUUCAUUGUUUCUUCUCACGACUUGAGUGUUGGCGGCUCUUACACGACCUUUGUCGCCUUUUGUCUCCUUUGAACGCCCACUGGCCUAGCUUUGAGUACGAACAAAGACAGCCAACAUGUCUUUCACCGCAAGAACGAGAAGACGGCUCUCAGGCUGGUCGAACAACUUUCGGAGGUUGUUCAAGAUGGACGAGUCAACUUCAGGUAUAAGUACUGGAGGGGUCUCGUCAUCGUCUGGGGCUCUUGAAGAGCCCCUUUCACGAGAGCCUGACGUUGACUCAGAAAGUGAGCCGACAGAUAUACGGAAUAAAGCGCUUGCCGAGAAAUCAAAGGCAUACCCCGAAUCAGAAGAAACAGACGCAGAAGAGGAGCGAGACGGAGACCAAUCGACCUUACCAUUGACUGAGGAGGAGAUCAUGAAACUCACUUUGGAGGAGGAGUUGGCAGAAGCCAAAGCCAAGUACAAAGGCUGGGAAGACUGGGCCCCCGACGAAGAGAAGUUAUUCGGAAUCUUGUUCAUGCGACAGAAUCUUCCGAUCAUGCCCCAGCACUGGUUCCUGGACUUCCGCAACUUUCCAAUCCACGAGAAGGUUUUUGAUACGCAGGAUUCCCAGCCUAUCAUUUACGCUCACUGUAGGAACGGCAUGACUGAAUACCGAGCUACAAAUGCAAUCACACGCAUGAUUGACGUUAACCUCGCAGUGAACACCCUCAUCGAAUCAACGCCGAUGAAGAGCCAGAAGGAACAGAAACGUCUUCGCUAUCGGGGGGCUCGUCUCAUCAAGGACGCCAUCGAGAAUCUCAUUGACUGGGCCGCGCGCGAUGGUGGCUAUGAGAAACGCCGAAUGCUGCCCAACGUGGUCGUCGAGAUGGUCGACGUAGAUGGGAAAGAAGAAGACAUUGUGGAGGCCGUUACGACACACAUGCGCUCUCUGAUUAAGAAACACCGAGAGUACUACCGUGUCGACCGGAAGCCCGACUUUUGGCAGCACGCCGAUGUGCGAUUCACGCAAAUGACGCCCUUGGGCCGCACUCUCAGGAGGAAACGGUCAAUGUGUCUGAAGAGGAAAAGACCGCUCUCUGCGACACCCGAACUGGACUUUGAAGAUGACCUGGCCAGCGAGCAACCCGAGUACGUGGUUGAAACGCCGAAACGCCAGCCAAAGCGCCGCCGCUGUGGCAGCUCGAGAAAGAGUCUGGCAGACGAUGUUCCUAAGUGGGACAAAGCGAAGCUUAGCAUCGAGACAGACACCCCCGAUCCGUGGCUGACGCCGCACAACGUUGCUGUCAAAGUGGAGGACCUGUUCGAGGACUCCUCCCCAUACAUGAUCCCUCGAUAUACACGGUCACCGACCAGCGACGUGGCCAUGACUCGGAGGUGUCCAGUGGUGUAUGGUCUGUACGUGCUAGGUCUGACCGUUGUAGUCGUGACAGCCGACGCGGAAAAGGGGGUGAAUGCACCCAUCAGUUUCCAAGUGGACUGCCGCUUCGACGACAAGCACCAGAACGUCUGGAACGCCCUGACCAUUGCGACGGUGGUCUGCUUGGCAAGGGACGAGCUGAUGUCACGGAUCGAUGACUUCGAGGAGGUAGAUACGACUUAUGACAGCGACCCCGAUGCCUGAUCCGGUCGGCGCCCGAGGGUAUUGCCUGGCGAUUGGCGAGCGUGGCGAGGAUUCUACGAGAUGUGACGAAUCAUGAGAGCGAAGCAUAAGCGCCAUUGUUUCUGCUGCUAGCAUAGCCUUGUAUACAAUUGAAACUUGCCGGGUGGAACAUGACAU